CGCUUGGUUUCAUAAUACGGCGAGGGUGCGCGAUAAAGAAACCAGAAAACCCUCUAAAACCCGCUAAAUCUACCGUUAAUGUUUGUUUUUGUUUUAGUAAAAAGCGCCUCGGUCGGUAGCCUCUUUGUAGUAGCGAAAUAAACCGACCGCUGUGGCAGGGUACGGACGUUGUCGGCCAUAUCCGAAUAUCUUGUCCUCUACAGCGGGGAAGGAACUGGAUAAGACCCGGAGGCAAAUGUGGUAUUUGAUCAAAAUUAAACCAAGCGACCAUUGUAUGCUAAUUCCCUCCAUCGAAACUCGACUAUUCGCGCUGUAAACGGGAUAUUUGCGUGGGGGAAUUAACGGUGGUUUCCGCGCCGAGACCUCCAUGCGGCUGUUGGCGGAACAGCCAGCCGCCUCUCGGUUAGCCAUCAGGGAUCUCGGUUUAAUAUCUCACCGUGCAGAGACUCGCCCUCUCUCUCCCCCUCUCUCUCUCACUGACUAGCCCAGAACCACCGACGACCGAGCGCGGAGAACCCGCCUUCUUGGUCUCGCUUAUGCUCUUUUGGGUCGAGGAAAGGGAGUCUGCAACGCCCUGGCUUUAGUUUUAAGCUCCGUUUUCUCCAUUUGCAGUGCGCCAUUGGACCUUGUCACGGUAGGUUUCCUUGCAGAGCAGAGCUGAAGCAUGGCGGAUCUGGAGCUGUUUGUCGCGCCAGCGAAGCUGCUCAGCCUCGGAUGUUAACAUAUUUCCUUUUGAGCUUUUGCUAACAAUGUAGAUACAAUGUAACCGGGCUAUGUAGUAGCCGAAACUGUUAGCAGCUACCAUUAAAAUAAACUAUUUCGUUACUAAGUUAAGGUUUAGGGUUUAACGUUUGGUCGUUAAAGAUAUUUUCAAUUUCUUCUUUCUUCCUGCGCCUCCGCAAGUCCUUCCAACCCACCACCAUGAAAUAUUACUCGGAUACCAGACAGUAUACCCACAAAUGAAUGGAGACAUGGAGGCAACCACCCAAAGCCAAGUUUGGGCACAGGAUGACCUCCUAAACCUGCUGGAGGCCAUGAAAGUGGCCCUGCCUCCAAAAGAUGUGACUAAAUACAAAACAUCAGAGUCCCACCUCGACUGGCAGAAGGUGGCCUUCAAUUCCUACACAGCAGACAUGUGUAAGCAGAAGUGGCAGGAGGUCUCUAAAGAGAUUCGUAAAUUUCGGACCCUAACAGAGCUGAUAGCUGAUGCCCAAGACUACAUCAAAAACCCUUACAAGGGCAAGAAAAUAAAGAAACACCCAGAUUUCCCCAAGAAGCCUUUGACUCCGUACUUCCGCUUCUUCAUGGAGAAGAGGGCCAAGUACGCAAAGUUGCACCCAGAGAUGAGCAACCUAGACCUAACUAAAAUCCUCUCCAAGAAAUACAGGGAGCUGCCUGACAAGAAAAAGAAAAAAUAUGUUGACGACUUCUUAAGAGACAAAGAAACAUUUGUGCAUAGCAUGAUGAAGUUCAGGGAAGAACACCCUGACCUUGUGGAGAGCAUGACAAAGAAAGGUUCAAAUGUCCCAGAGAAGCCUAAGACACCCCAACAGCUGUGGUACAACCACGAAAAGAAGGCCGUCCUCAAGACACGCCCAGAUGCGACCACCAAAGACAUUAAGGACAGUCUUGGCAAACAGUGGACACAGCUGUCUGACAAGAAGAGACUCAAAUGGAUCAUUAAGUCUCUUGAGCAGAGGAAACAGUACGAGGAGACAAUGCGGGAGUACAUCCAGCAGCACCCAGAGUUAAACAUGACCCAAGAUGACAUCGUAAAGUCCACCCUGACCAAGGCUGAGAGGCACUUGAAAGACAAAUCUGACGGCCGGCCUGACAAACCACCUCCAAAUGGUUACUCAAUGUUCUGUGCUGAGUUGAUGUCAAACAUGAAAGACGUACCCAGCACAGAGCGUAUGGUGAUGUGUAGCCAGCGGUGGAAGCUACUGAAACAGGCUGAGAAGGACGCCUACCAGAAACGCUGUGAAAUGAGGAAAAAGGAGUAUGAAAUUGAGAUGAACAGAUUUCUCAGUAGUUUGUCAGAGGAGGAACAGCAGCGGGUUUUGUCUGAGGAGAAGAUAGGAUUUAAGAGGGGCGGUGGAGCCAACAGUCCUGCCUCCAAAAAGAAGAACUCUAAAGCAAAGGCCAGUCCAGAGAAACCCAAAAGGCCAAUUUCAGCCAUGUUCAUCUUCUCUGAGGAGAAGCGUCCUAAACUGCAGCAGGAGAGGCCAGACCUUGCUGACAGCGAGCUCACAAGACUCCUGGCCCGCAUGUGGAACGAGCUGCCGGAUAAAAAGAAGGAGAAGUAUAAACGCCUAGAAACAGUCCUGAAGGCAGAGUCAGAGAAGAAGGAGAAGGAGGACCGUAGUCGUCUGCCCGACCCACCCAAGACUGCACAAGACAUCUGGCAGCAGAGUGUCAUAGGAGACUACCUGGCUAGAUUUAAGAAUGACCGGCCAAAGGCACAGAAAGCAAUGGAAGCAACCUGGAGCACCAUGGAGAAAAAAGAGAAAAUUAUGUGGAUCAAAAAGGCAGCAGAGGACCAGAAAAGAUACGAGAGAGACCUGUGUGAGAUGCGCUCACCUGCUGCUGCUGCCAUUGCCUCAGGGAAGAAGAUGAAGUUUGAGGGUGAACCCAAGAAACCACCAUCAAACGGAUAUCAGAAGUUCUCCCAGGAGAUGCUUUCCAACGGAGAGCUGAAUCACCUCCCAAUGAAGGAGCGGAUGACUGAGAUCGGAAGCCGCUGGCAGAGGUUACCACUGAAGGAUAAGGAGCGCUACAAGAAGAUCGCUGAGGAGAAGCAGAAACAGUACAAAGUCCUACUGGAACAGUGGCUCGCUAGCUUGUCUUCACAAGAGAGAAACACUUACAAAGAAUAUAAUUCACAAAAACGGAGAUGUCCGGCAAAACCAGGAGGCCCCAAGGCAAAGUCCAAGAAAUCUGAAACUGAGGAGGAGGAUGACGAUGAGGACGAGGAUGAAGAUGAUGAGCAGGAGAAGGCUUCCUCUGAAGCAGACUCAUCCAGUGAGGAUGACGACGAUGAUGAUGACGACGACGACAAGGACGAUGACGAUGAUGAUGAAGAAGACGACGAAGAUGAUGACGAGGCGGAAGACAAGGAGAACAAGUCAGAGGACAGCAGCAGUGAAUCAAAUUCACAGGGGUCGUCAGACUCUGAUUCGGACUGAAACAGGCCGUUGUCGUCGAGACGUACUGAGCAGCGCUGAGCUGAGCCAAGAGUCAAGGGAGCUCUGCCACUGUGCCAACCCUGCUCUCCUCCCACCACCAGGGGGAGCCCCUGCAUUGCCUCAUCCACUUCACACUCACCCACUUUAUGUUGCUGCGUUGGUGACCCCACCCAUAUGUCCAAAAUGCGUUUGAUUCCCUCCCCGGUGUGAAGGUCAUCUCACAGCACGGGGCCGCUUACGUUAUGCCAAAAACAGCAUCCCACUGGUUUGGUGAUGUUGUGAACAUUUCUGCCGCUGGUUUCAAUCUUGACUUACAGGUUCAUUGGUUUAUGGUUAGAGUUUUAAAGCUGAGGGUGAUGAAUAACUCUCCAGUGUUUAUUUUAUUAUUCUGAUAAUUAGUUGAAGACGGGUGGCAUGAGUUGUGAACAGGCUUUCAUAGAGCCAAAGAACAUAGUAUGGUGGAUCACUUUAGGAAGGGGGGGUUGCAGGGUACUGAAAAAUUGCACUCUUCAGAAUGUUUCCAUUUUUUUUUUCAGAACAUUGUCGCAUUGUUCUCGAUUCUCAAUUUAUGAUGUAGAUUUUAUCAUUUGGUUCUUAAAGAGGUGGUAUUUUUUCAGGAAAAAAAUCAAGCCAUUUUGAAUGUCUUUUUGUUGCUGGAAAUGUUCAGAACUUGUUACUUACCCAUGUUCUCAUUUAAAACAAAACAGUGCCUAUAUAAAGUAUUCACCCCCUCUUGGACCUUUCCAUGUUUUAUUGUUUUGCAACGUUGCACCAAAUAGAAAGUAAUAAGGCUUUGAUACUUAUUAACAGACAAUUACUAUUUAAAGGAAUCCUGCAACAUUUAGGUGAAAGUUAAUGUAGCUUUAAUGUGCUUUCUAAAUGAGAGCAAACCUGACCAAACUCCCGCUGUGGUGUGACAUUUCAACGCAGAACGGAAACAGUCAUUUGUCAUCUGACCUUCAGUGAGGCGGCAACAAGCUAUGGGAAUUUUCCCAUAAUGAGUUUUCCGGUAUUGUCACAAGGAAAACAAAUCUCUACAGAUUUAUCUAAAUUAAAUGCAAGAUUAAACAAAAAGAUUACACAAUUAUUCACCCUCUUAAAUAUUUAGUAGAAGCACUUUUUGGCAGCAGUUACAGCCUUGAGUCCAUGUAAAUCAGUCUCUCUGCUUCCCCCCUCGUUUCUUUUUGCAAAACUGCCCAAUCAUGGUGUAUAAGGUAUAAGUGUGCAGCAGUUUCAAGUCCUGUCACAAAAUCUCUAUAGGAUUUAUUUUGAACCCACUAAUGCUGUGCUUCUAGCACCAACACCACAUGCUCUGAGCAGAUUUGGAGCUUUUUUACUUUUAUUUUUUUUAUGAUUGGCUUUACUGUGCUCUUUGGGCAACUGUCCUUGAAAAUGUUCUUGUAUCCCUCCCCUGAGUGAAAGUUUUCAGUGAAGUUGUUUCUAUUUAUUCAGAGUGUUCCUUUUAUCUUAAUCGUGAGGCUUUUAUUAAAAGGUACAGAUACAGGUGUAGUUACUGGUCACCCUCUUAAUUAAAAAUCUGGCUUAAUCUCCAUUCAACAUCCAUGAAAUAUGAAAACAUUUACUUGUACCAGUCAAUCCUUAUGUAAUCAGUUGUUUUUGUUUUGUUUUAGGGCUUAAUUUAGCCUAAUCUGUGUCUGUUUUCACUUUGACAUUAAAAAGUGUCCAAAAAAAGCCUGAUUACAUUCAUGAUGCUUCAGAGUUUAAAACAUUGGAAGGGGCCAUGGGAAGUGAAUACUUUUGAUAGGCACUGUAGGAUCCAUUGCCAUGCGUCUGUCAUUGAAAGGUGUCAUUUAUCAAACGUAACUGACAUGUACACAAAUCCAUCAGUCUGAAACAAUUCUGUUUGACUGAGCAGUUUGUUCUGGCCUGACCGUAAUAAACAGUGUUUAUUGUUUAACCAGAGCAGUUUGUCAUUGAAGGGAUAACACUUGUUUCCCACCUAUAGAUCUCAAACUGACGGCGUUUUUAAAGAAUAUGUCACGCGGGUGGUGUAUUGUUUAAUUUACGGUUUAUUUGAAUUGUUAAUAGGUUUGUUUUAAUUGUGUUUUGAUCCAUCUGGAAUCAUUCGUGGAUGAUUGAACUGAAUGGUUUUCAUCGUGUGUUUUUUUUUUCUCGAGUUUGUUUAGAAACGUUAAUGGUAUUGACUGUAAUCCAAGUGGGUUGUAGUCAGAUGCUUAUCCCAAAAAAGUGUGCACUUAACGUAAAUCUGUCCCUCUGUGUGAGUUUGUGUGCAAUAUAUGCACAGAACUGUGUAUAUAUGAGGGUGUGAGUGUGUGUUUCUUUGCUUUAAUGUGUGCUGUUUUUACUGUUUUGUUGCAUACCAUGAUGUGACUGCAGUGUGCAUGUAUGUGCCUGUGUAGGGACAUCAUACCAACACCAUGAAUGUAGAUAUUGUUAAAUCUUUUUAAUGUUUUUUUUUUCCAAAGGUCUUUAGUAAUGUUUUGCUGUCAUGUCAUUGAUUAACUGAAAACAGACUGAUAAGAUUUCCAUGACAUGUCAUUUUGGGUCCACUGACAGAUGAGUACAUGGCAACUAUUAACGAUCUGUUAGUAAUGGACUGAUUUUGAUCAUUAUGAAUCUCAUUACUGUCUGAAACAAAACCAGCGUGGACUAUUUAAAUGAUUUUGGGGAGGGAAAAGGAACGUGGUUGCUGAUACUGAUCGAGGGGAGUUUGUAAAAGGGAUUUGGGGAACUGAGUUGCCAGAGAAAUUGGGCUUCAAAUAUGUUGUAAUUUUUUCUGUAAAUACUGUUUGUUUUUUUUGUAUUGAGUGCUUAUUGUUUUGUUAGUGCGUUAAGUUGGCAAAACCCUCAUCUGUGACUUCCGAGGCCAGUGAGUUUUUCACUCACGGUGGGGGGAAGUUUUUGGUUUAAUUCACCUGUUUUAAUUGUUUCUUCACUUCCUUAUGUUGGUUUAUAGAGAUAUCUAAGACAGCAAAGCUUUACAGGUUUGUACUGCUGAUCAUUUGACAAAAAUUGAUGUUUUCUAUAGCUGAGGGUGUUCUUAUGUCCUUGUAGUAAGUCUUUGGGCAAAUAAAAAAUGAUCUUUAACAGUU